AUGAUGCUUGUCGAUAUGCAUUCUGCAUCCUUGUCUUCACCAGCUCAUUCAUUAACAACUACAACAGAAUCGAAUAAUCCAUCCAACUCGUCACCGAAAUCAGGCUUCUCUCCAGAAGUAACUACAUCACUUCGCGGAGUUGUCUCGAGUUCGGGGACAACUCCAUCUCAGUCAUCUCCACUACUGUCAGCUCUACUCUUACCAGGCCUCAAUAAUAAUAAUAAUCAUAGCCAAGAAACUCUCCUGAGUAGAACAUCCUCGUUGAAUCAAACAAACUUUAUUAAAACAGAACCUGAAAUGAUGAAUCCUUUAAUUGGCAUUUCAACAACACCGUCGACAGUUGUCGAUACAGGCUAUAAUGAGAAUCUUAGCAAUGAUAAUCGUGAGGCUGGUGGUGAUAGUGUUGAGGAUGCUGAUGCUGGUGGUGACAGAAGUCCUGUGAAUAAUAAUAAUAAUCAAACGCCUCAUUCUUCUCCAGUGUUCACUAACACGUCUAUUAUCGCUACAACAACGACAAGUCCAGUAUCAUCGAUUAUUGCUGCCACCACUGGGAAUAUGAAUGAUGAAUUACAGUCAUUGACUCCAGGGACUAGUGCUACAACUAUAGCGACAAUAACUUCGACAGAUAUUACCGGUGAAUUAGACAAUCAGUUAAUGAGUAUUGACAAUGAUUUAGAGUCAACAAAAGUGGAUAGUGAAAUGAUGAUGAUAAUGAGCCCAACAGGAUCGGAUAAACAAUGCCUCAACAAGUCAAUAAAUCUCAAUGAACAUAAUCCACCGUCUACUGAAGAGUCAUCCGCAUUACAAAUGUCUCAAAUGCCUCCAGAUCCUGUUUACACUUCAUUCGAUAAUAAUAAUAAUACAAUUGAAACAAGCGAAGAUGUAAUUUCUGGAGAUAAUAAUAUAAUGAGUGCAGUGAACAAUACUUCUGCUACUACAACUACCACUAUCACCACUGUUCAUGUAAAUGAGAGUGAGAGUGGUGUUACUACUGGUGGUGUUGGUGAUGAUGACCUUGAAGCCGGUGACAGUGGUGUAGACAACAACAGUAGCAAUAGUACUAGUACUAGUAGUAGUAAUAGUAACAAUGUUAUAACAUCACCAUCUAAUUCUAAUUCAAGAAAAUGGCCAUCUAUUCGUCUUGUGCCUAAUUUAUUGCGUCAUCCUACAAAGUAUACUACAAUUUGA